UAAGUCUGAAGGAAGAGGGAGUGUGCUGCUCUGAUUGACCGACUGACCCUUGGGACCCGUAAUCUGACCCUCCAUUCUUUGUAUUUUUACUCACAAUGGUCUACAAGAAAAAAUCAUUCUCUCGCAAGUUAACCAAGAAGAGAAGAAAGGUGUUAGAAAAGAUUCGUAGAACUAUAAAAGCGAAGAAGGAAGCAGCGAGAGCGGCGGCGGCUGGAGCAAGUGACGCCAUGCCACCACGAGAGGCGGCGGCUGGAGCAAGUGACGCCAUGCCACCACGAGAGGCGGCGGCUGGAGCAAGUGACGCCAUGCCACCACGAGAGGCGGCGGCUGGAGCAAGUGACGCCAUGCCACCACGAGAGGCGGCGGCUGGAGCAAGUGACGCCAUGCCACCACGAGAGGCGGCGGGUGGAGCACGUGACGCCAUGCCACCAGGAGAGGCGGCGGCUGGAGCACGUGACGCCAUGCCACCACGAGAGGCGGCGGCUGGAGCAAGUGACGCCAUGCCACCACGAGAGGCGGCGGGUGGAGCAAGUGACGCCAUGCCACCACGAGAGGCGGCGGCUGGAGCACGUGACGCCAUGCCACCACGAGAGGCGGCGGCUGGAGCACGUGAACUAAUGGAUAUUUCAGGCAUAGAAUCGUCUGGUGAAGAAAGAAAGAAAAAACGUAAGAGAACCAGCGUGGACAGCCCCUCCUUGGCCAUAACAGAUGUUGCUGGCCCAUCCUUGGCCACCCCAGAUGUGGCCAGUCCUUCCUUGGCCACCCCAGAUGUGGUCACCCGAUAUUGCCGAGCUAGAGGAUCGAAAAAGCUUAAAGUAGAUAACUCAUCUGUGACCAUCCCCUCCUUGGCCACCCCAGAUGUGGCCAGCGAUUCCUUGGCCACAUCACGUGUGGCCAGACGUGGUGUGGCCACACCACGAGUGGCCACCCCAGAUGUUGACAUGUCAGCUGUCACCAUCUCAGCUGACGCCAGCUCAGCUGUCCCUGGCACAUCUACAAGUGAUAAUGCGACUGACAUUAAUAUAUCUGGUGUCGACAGUGUUAGUGAUCGGAAUAUUUCCAGUGCCAUAAAGCGAGUGUCGCUCUUAAAGAAAGUAACUCAUAAAGUUUCUGAAAACUUUAUGGUGUUUAUGGAAAAUACUAAUUUUGAUUUGAUUCUGUCAAGUGUGUGCUGUCUGAAAUGUUUUAGUAAUAAUAUUGUUUUUACAUUCGAUCAUCACCACCUAGAGACAACUGUUAGUGCAUACUGUCCAGAGUGUAAGAAUAACGUGUUUGUAAUGAAACCAAGAGUCCACAAGGAUAUGAAUGUUGCAACCGGAAGGAUGGUAUAUGCAGAAAUGUGUACAGGUGGUGGAUAUGCAUCCUUUAGCCGUAGAACUGCAAUGUGUAAUUUGCCUUCAUUGAGUUUCAAAACAUUUAGUAAAUAUACGGCUCUCAUUACAGAUGCAUCCGUUCAAUCGUGCAAGCAGAUCAUGGCAGAAUCAAGAGAGGUGAUUGUUAGGGAAUAUGGUAAACUAGACAUUGUGCCAGACCCAAGUGGAAUACUUGAUAUUGAUGUCACAUAUGAUGGAACAUGGCACAAAAGGGGCCAUCAUUCGAAUCUUGGCAUUGGUGUUACAAUUGAUGCUGUUACAAAACUUGUAAUUGAUUAUCAAAUAAUGUGUAAGUUCUGUUUCUUGUGUACGUUCUUCGAGUGUCGUUUGAAAAGCAAGAAAAUUUCUGAAGAACAGUAUGAACAAUGGACUGAAAACCAUAAAAGUGUAUGCUGCAAGAACUUCACAGGUUCUUCUGGAAGUAUGGAAGCGGAAGCAGCAAUACUCAUAUGGCAGAGAUCACUAGAAAGUAACUUAAGGUACAAAACUGUUGUGUGUGAUGGUGACAGCAGUACCUACAAAGGACUUGUUGAACUCAAUAAUGGUGCAGGUCCCUAUCGAGGUGUACAGGUUGUAAAAGAGGAAUGUAUAAAUCAUUACUCUAAACGACUAAAGAACAGAUUAACCAAUUUAGUGAAGUCCCACUACAAUGAAAAAGAAUUGAAAACAGGAAAGAAAAGAAAGCAGUUUGAUUUGAAGAAGGGUAUGCUAACAGAUUUUAUCAUCGACAAACUGGCAGGUUAUUUUCAGAAGAACCUGAGAAACCAUGUCGACACUGAUGUUGUAAGGAUGAGGAAUGGCAUCCUUGCAAGCUUUUUCCAUUGCUCAUCCAGUGAUACAAAUCCACAACAUCAUCUUUGCCCAACUGGUCCUAAUUCAUGGUGCUUUUACCAAAAGGCAGUAGCAGCUAACAUAACACCACCAUCGCACAACACCAUGAAAGUGCACUUCCAGUUAGAUCCUGCAUACUUCAAGGAGGUUCAUGAUAUUUACAAAGAACUAACUACAGAUGAUAUGAUGACACGUUGUCUGAAAGGCAGGACACAGAAUCCUAACGAAAGUCUCCAUCAACGAAUUUGGUCCUACUGCAACAAGGCACUGAAUCGAAACAAGUGGCAGGCUGAUUUCUCAGCCAGCCAAGCCAUAGCUGAGUAUAAUGCUGGAUACGAGAGAAGUUGUCUCGAUAUACCACUUGGCUUUGGGCGUUCACUGGUUACCCAAAGGAAGCUUCAAGCUAUGGACAAGAGGAUGCAGAGAAAAAAGCCCCCGAAAUCCAAGAAGAGGAGACUGGCGAUGGAUACUUCCUAUGAACCUGGAGGACAUUAGAUGAUCAUUGAUGUCCUUACCAACACCUACUCAAAGGUUGGCAUGCAUGGAGCAUUGUGAUUGGCCGAUCUCCAGGGAACUUCAGGAUGCAAGGAUCUGCAUGGAACUUCAGGGAUAUACUCUAUUCACUUGUUUCUACUAUCAAUAAACAUAAGAAGACA